AUGAGAGACAUCGCCGAGCUACCUCAUGAUCUUUUUCUUCUCAUCAUUUGGUAUCUCUCGCCUCGGGAUUGCGUGCGGUGUCGCGCCGUCAGUCGCCAAUGGCACGCUGCCUUCACGAGCGAAGAUAUUUCACUAUUGCUUUUGCGCUGGAAUAUCCCGCGAUGCCGUGAAUUACGUUUAGCUGCUGCGGUCGCAUCGGGCUCGAUCCUGGAGACCAGAUUUCCAGCGAAUGUGAAAGCCGAACUCGAAGAGGUCGCCCAACAGCCCCGAAAUUGGUCCUCGACCUUCGCUGAGGUGGCUCGCCGAUAUUUUCAUCUGAACAAGGGCCGUCCUGGGGUCAUCGAGAAGCUCGAGUUAGCCCCGAGUAGCCAGGAACACGGGUCCAUUUUCUCCUUCUGGGGCGUGGCACACUGGAACCGGUUCCUUCGCGUGAGCUAUGGGACUUGCAACUUCCACUAUCCUGAUCCGGUCUGGUGGUACAGUCAGGAAGAUGGAGUGUUGGUGUACCCAGCCGCCUUGGAGGUUCCGCCAGAACGCUGUGACGGGCGCAUCUAUCAUAUCCUCGACCUCGCCACCGGUCAGCGGGUCCCUGUUUCCUUUGACGUCCGCGCAAGGCACGUUCGUCGAGUUCGGUUAGCCCAAGGGGUGCUCAUUUUUGAGUGGGCAGAAGCACUGCCCUACCACCAACUCAAUGACCGAGAGGUCGUACAUCGCCAUUUUGUGACGGCUUUCGACGUCAUUCGCAAGCCCUCCGGCGCUCCCACAGAGCGGACAUGGACUGUCGAGUUCCGUUCCGAGUGGAAGCUGCAUUUUCUCGGCCUGCCCCUGAACCGCUCUGACCGCUUCUUUUCGGCACACACUGCCACUCAUUAUGCCGUGUACUUUUGGCAGCCCAACCGUUCGCUCUAUCAAGAUGACCCUAUCGAACAGCUGGCUAUUUGGGAUAUCUCGUCUCCCAGCGCGUACCGGCCGUCAGAAGAUCCUCAAGGCGGCAAGCGGCCAGUCGUCGCCCGCGCGCCGUCGUUGCCAACUGGCUUGUGGAGCGGGCAGAAUGGAACGUCAGCUGCUAAUGCACAGGGGCUGGUUGACUCUAACCCGAAUCCCAAGGCGCCGAGAAGAGCCUCGUUGGCAACUGCUACCGCUGGGCCACAGGUUAUCCGACGCAUGGCCUGGCGUGAGCUGGAUUUCUACGGGUUACGCCAACGGGCAACACCGCGACUCAGGAGCUUGGCCUUGGAUAGCCAGAAUCUAUAUGUGAUAGAAGAAGAACACCGGUGGGCCGAUGGCCAACAUAGCUCCCUGAGCCCACCCCGCGUUCAUCUGGUUCGAAGCACCGGAAUACCCGUCAUCCCAGCGCCAACGCCUUUCACUCAAAAAGCCUGCAAAAUUGCUGCUCGGUCUAUCACCGACCUCGCCGGUGCCAGCCAACCUGGCAACCCGACGUCUACGUUGUCCAACAUUGUCGAUGGGCCCGUCCACGGUCCCAUGUGGGUCGAUACAUGCGGCGCAAACGGGGAUGUCGACAUGAACUUUUGCUGGCGCAUGGCCGACACCAACGGCUUCAGACCGAGCAUUUCACACGGCGUGUGGCUCGCUCCAACCACGGGACAUCACCAUGAAAACUACGACGAUCGGUCCCAGCCACGGUCAUCGCCCAGUCCUGUGGGCUGGCCAUGGGCACUUAGUGAAACGAACUCUUCAAACCCCAUAUAUGCGACUGAAACAGCUCGCUGGCCUGGCUGGGCCCCUUGUUGGCGUCACGAAGAUUUCCCUUACCUGACUGUCUCAGAGAUGGUGGAUUUUGCCGCCGGCGUACGGGUAACGGCCCGUCACAGCUUCAUGUUUGAGGGCUUGUCGGUGCAUAUCCGCCCGACCGUUGUGGUUAAAAAUACUGCGACGGUGACAAUGGCUCAAACCAAUGGAGUUACUGGGAAGACCAGGCGGCGGUCUAGUAGUACGAAGCCAGUCGCAGCGAGAAGUCAGGAGGCAUCAUUUCCAACCCAGAUGUGGUCCGACCUCGCCGCUAAGGGGCAUAUUGCAGGCGAUGAACGGUGGAUUGUGGGAGAAGAUGAAAAGGGAAGGAUUACUAUUCAAUCCACUAUGCGCGUCCUGAAUGUCGACACCUUUAAGCUAGAGGAGUUCUUCUCCUCGCCGCCCGCCUACGCCAUUCUAUCCCAUACAUGGGGUAGCGAUAACGAAGAGGUAUCCUUUCGCGAUGUCUUAGACGGGAGGUUCGCCUCGGACUCUUCGCGGCCGCUCAAAGUAAGUGGCAGCUGCAAAAUCGCCAAGGAAGAUGGCUACCAAUACCUUUGGAUCCACACCUGCUGCAUCGACAAGACCAAUUCGGUCGAACUUCAAGAGGCCAUCAACAGAAUCCCAACUUCGUUCCUGCUGGGUAUGGCCGAUCUUCAUCAGGCCAGUGUCGCGCAGAGAAUGUCCUGGGCUGCAAAGAGAGUCACCAAACGACCCGAAGACAUCGCGUAUUCCCUCCUCGGGAUUUUCGGUGUCUCCAUGCCAAUGAUAUACGGCGAGGGGGAUAAGGCCUUCCGCAGACUGCAGGAACAAAUCAUGAAGGACCUAGGGGACGACUCCAUCCUCGCCUGGGGAUUUGAGCCAGAUCCAGCCCCACCCGGUGAUACAACCGACACCGCUCUGGGAGCCGCUCUUGCACCCUCCCCUUCGUUUUUUUGCGAAUUCCGGACACGGAUACCUCUUGUCGCUGCGCCUGGGGGACCACCGGGGAAAUAUUUUAGGUUGGACGGCCGUGGAGCUAGAUUGCUGCCAAAGCCUGUGCCCGACAGUUCUACCACUUUGGUUCAUCUGCAACUUGAUGGCGGGCGCAAGUCACUCGUCCAGUCAGCAGGGGCUUGUUUGAUCCAUAUCCGGAAUUCCGUCCCGGGCUUGAAGCUCAUCAGCGUACGCCCAGAGGCUUGUUGGCACAAGGAGAGAGCAUUGAUCGAGGCGGCAGCCAAACCCGCCGCAGAAGGUGUCCAGAGAAUUAUAGUGCGGUUUCGGGAGCCUGCUAAGAACGUAACCGAUUUUGUUACCGUCAUUAAGAUCGACGCGGAGGCACAACCUACUUGCAUUCUCAUGGUGGCCUCCAGAAACACGACGUCAGGGGAAAUCGAUCGUCAUCCGGACCCCUGGAGGAAGAUGGCUAUCGGGCAACAAUGCGCGUUUAACUCUUCCCUGGUCAUACGCAUGGAUCUACAGCCGCUCCAAGCCUCCGCUCCGCAGAGAAGAUACGUCCUCACACCCUCAAUCAUGCCCGCGGUGCUUGGGCCCACCGUCAACGCGACAACUGCGCUAGAAUUGUCAGGACCCGGCGCAUUAUUAGACGACUUACGCCGGGCCCGCAAAAGUCAACAGAGCAAAGCGGAAGAAUUACGGGCCAACCUAAAGGAAGAAACGGACAAGGUAUUCCGCAAACAGACUGAGCUGGAAAAGGUGAAGCGCCAGCUCGCCGCCCUCGAACUGGAAGCCCGCUCGUUGGCCGGGGCCGUUGGCCGGGGCCGUUGA